UCAUAUAGAAGACAACUGUGAUUUAGAGAAUUCAAAUUCAGAAUCAGAUAAUUUUGGAUUAAAGGAUUUUUGCACUAGCACUGAAGAAUGUGAAAAGCAAAUAGAAAAAGUAGAUAAUAACUCACAAAAAAAAGGAAAAUUCAUACAAGAUGUAUUUAAAAGCAAAAAUUCUAAAAAUAAAUCAAAAGGCAAAGUGGAACAAUUACGAAAAACAAAGCAUAACUCUCAUGUUAUGGAUACAAAAACGCUCACUCCACAAACCAAAACUAAUCAAGAGAAAUUAAAAACUGCAGAAAAAAGUAAAAUAUUUGAAAUUGAAGGUAACCCAAGCAGUUUAAGGAAACAUGUUAAUAAAUCUAAACAAAAAGAAAUUUGCACUAAACAUAGCAAUCAAAUUGACUCAGUUAAAAGAUCUGACAAUCUUGAUGACACUAACAAAGAGUUAAUUACAUCUCAGGAUUUAUGUCUUACUAAAUAUGAGAGUUUGUCUUCAAGUUGUAAAUCACAAUCUGAAUACUCAACAAACAGUAAUCUCGAUAAUCUCCGGCACGAAAUAAGAAACUUAAGACGUACUCGUGAUUAUUUAGUGGAACGUCUUUGUAAUAUUGAUACAAAAAUGAAUAAACGUAUUCUAUCAGAAGAUGAGGAACGUAAAUUGUUGCAAUAUGAAGAAGCCAUAGGUGCAAUUGAUUUCGCUAUUGAAUACAAAAACCAAAUUAUGUGUGGCUGUGCAACUUUAACUUCAAAGCCAUCUCCAAAAUACGAGGAGUAUGCUGAGAAAAUGAUGAUAGAACGUUUGCUUAAGUUAAAUGACAACGAAAUGAGAUCUUUACUCCAUCAAUAUUUUGAGAAAGUGGUUGACUUACGCUUUAGUAGCAAAAAACUGGAAGUUCAAUUAAACGAAAUGGAAGCCCAAAACGAUUCGCUGACUUGUCGAGUUCAAAAUUUAACACAAACUCUUCAACAAGUAAGACAACAACACGAAGACAAACUACAUCUUAUGAUGAGACAUUUUACCAACGAAGAUGGCAACGAAAGAAAAUUCUCGAGGUUGUUUGAAAGGUCAAAGCAAGCUGCCCUCGCGCUCCAAGUUGCUCAAGGACCGGGAAAACAGAUCGACAAAGGAAUUAUCGCAAGAUUUACGCGAUAUGCCAGACAAGAAACUGUUCCCCGUCAGCUUCAAGUUGUUAACACUCAACCCCAAGCCAAAGUUACUCGGCAGAAGAAUAAAUUAAUUAUUCAACAAAAUAAUAAGUAGCUUUAUGUUAAGCAGAUUUUUAAAUUGUGAUUAUAGAAUAGUAAUUUUUCAAUUAAAUUU